UUUCUCAGCCGAAAAGUAAGCAAAUCAAACAAGAGAGAAUGAAGUAUCAAAUGUUGUGGCUCGCUUUGGUAUUAACAAUCGCAGCCGAAGCUAAUGCAGCCGCCAAGCAAGGGAAAAACACAACAAUCACAGCACUAAUAGUAUUUGGAGAUUCAAUAAUGGAUACAGGAAAUAACAACAAUCUUCCCACUCUUCUUAAGUGUAACUUCCCUCCGUAUGGAAAAGAUUUUCCUGGAGGCUCUACCACUGGAAGGUUUUCUGAUGGAAGAGUUCCAUCCGAUCUUAUUGCUGAAAAGUUGGGAUUGGCCAAGACAUUACCCGCAUAUAUGAAUCCGAAUUUGAAGCCUGAGGAUCUUCUUAACGGUGUAACAUUUGCAUCUGGAGGAACUGGUUAUGAUCCAUUAACAGCACAAAUUAUGUCAGUGAUAUCGGUGUGGGAUCAACUCACAUAUUUCAAAGAAUAUAUAUCAAAGAUGAAGAAACAUUUUGGAGAAGAAAAAGCCAAAGAUAUUUUGGAAAACAGUAUCUUUCUUGUGGUGUCUAGUAGCAAUGACCUUGCUCACACUUAUUUAGCUCGAGCUCAUAGAUAUGAUCGUACCUCGUAUGCUAAUUUCUUGGCUGACUCUGCUGUCAAAUUCGUGAGAGAAUUACAUAAGCUUGGAGCUAGAAAAAUUGGAGUCUUUAGUGCAGUCCCCGUAGGUUGUGUUCCACUUCAAACAACUGUAUAUGGGGGUUUACUAACAAGAGGAUGUAAUCAACCUUUAAACAACAUGGCAAAACAAUUCAAUUCAAGACUUUCGCCAGCACUAGAUUCUUUAGAUAAAGAGUUGGAUGGUGUUAUCCUUUACAUUGAUGUUUAUGAUACUCUCUACGACAUGAUCCAACACCCUAAAAAAUAUGGUUUUGAGGUAGCUGAUAGAGGAUGUUGUGGUAAAGGAACUCUUGCGAUGUCCUAUUUGUGUAACUCAUUGACCCCAUUCACCUGUUCGAAUUCUUCGGCUUAUAUAUUUUGGGAUAGCUAUCAUCCAACCGAAAGAGCUUAUCAAGUUAUCGUUGACAAUUUACUCGACAAAUAUUUGAGCAAAGUUUAUGAUGUUUAACAUCUGAAUAUGUAUAUAAUUAAUCUCAUUCUCUC